UUCUUUGAAACAAUUCCAAGAUAUCCCGCGUAUAUUUUUAAAGGACCAAGCAGGCAUCAAUUAUCAUCCAAGAAUCUGUACCCAAUAUUCCUUUCGUCACCCUUUCAAUCCAUGUACAACUUCAUAGGGAUAGUCGCAUAGUACUUGAUACGCACCCAGCCUUUGCGUAGACCCCGCGCAUAUAGUACUUACCCCUCCACGCAACAAAGUUCACACGGAAACCCAUCACAUCUCACCACUAUGGAAUUCGUGAUUUCAGCAGUGAGUAUAACCGUCAGGGUUUGUCAUCGGCUCAUUCUAUUCCCGUUCACUGGCGUGGUGUUCCCCAUAAUACGCUUCUUCUACGGCCUUGUCAACCACCUUUUGCUCAUUCCAAUAUUUCUUAUUUUUCGUACUUUCAUAUAUGGGUUCAUCUACAUACCGCUUUUGCCUGUUUUGAAAGUCACAGAAAUACACUUCGACACUUUGGUGCCGGUGGAAUUGACGCUUUAUCGACUUGCGGUUGGCUUGCUACCUCAUCUCCACGUAUUUUUGUAUCAUUCCAUCCACUAUUUCAUGGUUAGCAUGUUUGUUGGGACAUUUGUGGGAAUGGUAGCUGGGUUCAACAUCAGUAUUGUUUCCCGGAUCUUGUGCAUUGGAGAAACGAAAAACGAAUCCGCAGUGAAACGCUUUGGCGAGGCUCCGGUAAAUGCACCUGAGUGGAAAAGAGUGAAAAGAGACCCACACUCCGUGGUGGAAACUUCUGAAAUUUCACCCAAGAAGCAGUCUCCAGAGAGACCAAAGCAUAAAAAUAUCCUUGAAGAAGUACCAAAAGUGAAAACCGAACCCAACUUCAUGUUUUCGCCAACUCGCGAAAGCGCGGAGCUAAAUGGUAACGCGAUCUUCGAAGAUGAUGACGGCUACAGUUUCAUGACGUAUAAAGUUUCUGACGACCGCCGAAAGCAUAGGAAAAAGGAUGGCUUCAAGAAAAGACGCGACAACAGAUACAGAUCUGUUCCGCCACGGCUACAGAUGACGAUAGAGGAGGAGUCAGAAUCGGAAACUAUACCUGCACCCAUGCAUUCCACAACAGCUGGAAUACCCAUUAAACAUGUGUCUUUGGCCUACGCUACGGGCACUAUCGGGUCCUCCAAAACAUCGAGCACUGACAGUUCUGUGUUCAGUAAGACUCUUGGCCAAAUGAGUUCCGAGACAAAAGAAAUCGCUUUGCUAGAUUCACCAGCAGGCGCGUCCGAUAUGAGUGUGGCGGGUGCAGAUUGUAAAGACAAAGAUGACAGCGGACCGAAGCAGGACGGCUAUACACGUGACAUCCUAACCAGUGUGCACGGCCCGGCAGAUGCAGAUGCACCUACUGCUGACAAAGUGAGCGCAAAGGAGGAGCGAAGUGUUAGCGAUGCGAAGUAACGCAAAAAUCUUUAGCCAUUAAAAGGUUCAGUUUCGCCUUAUUCGGAACGCGCUUCAGGGUGCAUAGGUUUCAAGCAAUUCAAGUGGGACCCUUCGGACUGCAUCUCACCUCGACUGCGAAAGAAACAGAGGCGUACAUCGGUGCGGUGUGUAUGUGGUGGUUGGUGUGAACGGUGCGUAUGGAUUGGUGUG